AUGGCUACCGUGAGACCCGCCACUGGCAUGCGAGCGCCCAUGACGGGCUCAAUGCGACCUACUACAACGUCAGGCGGCGGCACCACCCUUGGCCGCAUCCAAGCGCAAGUUCAGGAAGGAACCUUCACUGCUACCGUAUACGGUUACAUCCGUGAUCACCAGUAUGCGGAAGCGGUGGAGCUACUGAUAACACAGCUAGAGGAAUUUCCGCGCAGCCGCGCGGCGCUCUCGUUAAUAGCGUACUGUUAUUACAUGAUGGGCGAAUAUAUGGAGUCGGCGAAGCUGUACGAGCAGCUCGUGCAUGUGUGCCCGAAUGUGGAAGAGUACCGUGUGUACUACGCCCAAGCCCUUUACAAGGCAGGUGCCUAUCAAGAUAGCACACGGGUUUCUAGCAUGAUAGAAUCUGAACAGUACAGUAUGCGGCUGACCAAGCUGCAGGCUGUCAUUGCUUAUGAGCAGGAGGACAUCCCGCAGACGAAGAGUUUUUUAGAAAAGUGCUCCAUCGAAGACCCCGAUACAGUGGUGCUGCAGGGAUGUGUGCUGUAUCGCGAAGGAAACUACGAAGGGGCACUGGAGAAAUUUCAGGAGGCUCAAAAUGCUCUUGGUGAUAAGCCGGAGCUUGUCUACAACAUCGCGCUCGCGCACUACCGAAUGCAGCAGUACGCGUUGUCACUCAAACACAUUGGUGAUAUCAUCAACAAAGGUGUGAAGGAGCAUCCCGAGCUAAAUAUUGGAAGCAACACGGAAGGUGUCGAAGCGCGCUCAGUAGGCAAUACACCGGUUCUCAAGGAGACUGCCCUGAUCGAAGCCUUUAACUUGAAAGCUGCGAUCGAGUUCCAGAUGCAGAACGUGAAUGCCGCCAAGGAGGCCCUAACGGAUAUGCCGCCGCGGCAAGAUGAAGAGCUCGACCCAGUGACGCUACACAAUACAGCUCUCAUCAACAUGAACGAUGACCCAGCAAGUGGUUUCAAGAAGUUCAACUUUCUUCUCCAAAAUCCACCUUUCCCUGUGGAAACCUUUCAAAACCUACUCCUCUUCUACUGCAAAUACGAGUACUACGACUUGGCCGCGGACGUUCUUGCCGAAAAUCAGCAUCUUGCGUGGCAAUAUCUCUCCCAUGACCAACAGUCUCUCUACGAUUUUCUGGAUGGUCUUAUAACCGCACAGACCUCACCAGCUGAGGCAUACCGAAAGUUCGAUAUCCUAGCCCAGAAACACGCGGAUCAGCUGCGGAAGAUGACCAAGAAGAUUCAAGAUGCGAAGCAAAAGCACGAUAAAGAUGCCGUGAAGUUGGCAGUGCGGCAGUACGAUGAUGCACUGGAAGAGUACAUCCCUAUACUAAUGGCGCAGGCUAACAUUUACUGGUGCCUCGAGAGCUACUCCAUGGUGGAAAAACUGUUUCGGCAGUCGGCUGAGUUCUGCUCCGAACAUGAUGUGUGGAAACUAAAUGUAGCGCACGUCUUUUUUAUGCAGGAAAAUAAGUUCCGGGAGGCCAUCCGCUACUAUGAGCCAGUGGUGGCCGCUAAUCAGGAGAAGAUCCUCAACUGCAGUGCUAUUGUCUUGGCCAAUUUGUGUGUUUCUUAUAUUAUGACAACUCAAAACGAAAAAGCCGAAGACAUCAUGAGACGCAUCGAGAGGGAGGAGGAAGCACUAACUUACAGCGACCCUGAGAAACAGCCUUUACAUCUUUGUAUUGUAAAUUUAGUGAUCGGCACCCUGUACUGUUCUAAAGGUAACUUUGAAUUUGGCGUAUCACGUAUUAUCAAAUCAUUGGAGCCGUAUCACCGAAAACUCAUGACGGACACGUGGUUCUACGCGAAACGGUGCUUUCUUGCGUUGGCUAUGCAUCUCGCAAAGCACAUGGUUGUUCUCAAAGACAGCACCUUUGAAGAGAUACUUUCGUUUUUUGGUCAGGCGGAUAACUACGGCGAGAAUGUGCCGGCCUUCACGCACCCAGAUCCGUCGAAGCAAGACAUGUCGUCGCGCAACUCUGUUCGAUGGGAAGCUCGGCAACUCAAGAAUUUGUACCUCAUCUUGCGCGAUUAG